GAUGACGUUCGAAGGAGCGCGCGACAGACGAGAUCAGCUCGGAUAAUAAACGAGUGAAAGGGGAAGAUGGACACCCCCGAGGUGGGCCGAUACCUGACGGAGCUCAACCAGAGGCUGAGGAAGGGAUGGACGGCACACCUCAGCCCCGAGGGCCGCAUCUACUACAUGAACCAUGAGACGAGGAUCUCUUCGUGGCUGCCGCCCGUGGAAUCCUGGGAUUCCGGAGGGUCCCAACUCCCCUUUGGGUGGGAGGAGGCAUUGGACAAGGACGGAAAGACCUACUACAUCAACCACACGUGCAAGACGACGAGCUACGAGCGUCCCAGCGUGGGCGAGGACGAGGGCCAGCCCCCGCAGCCCCGCCUGGUGCAGCUGAUCCGGGACCCGCAGAUGGGAUUCGGGUUCGUGGCCGGAUCCGAGAAGCCGGUCAUCGUCCGGUUCGUCACGGAAGGGGGUCCGAACGAACAGAAGCUGAUGCCCGGUGACCAGAUCCUGCAAAUCAACGGGGAGGAUGUUCGCAAAUCGCCAAGGGAACGCGUCAUCGAACUCAUCAGGUCGUGCAAGCAGACAGUCACGCUCCUCGUUUGCCAGCCACAGACGAACAACACGACUCGAAAAUCCGCCCUCCUGACAGCCGCCAAGAAGGCCAAGUUGAAGAACAACCCGUCCAGGGUGCGCUUUUCGGAAGGAGUCGUCAUCAACGGAUCACCGCUCUACUCGCCCACGCCGAUGGACUCUUACGUCCCUUUCCUGCCCAACGUGCUCAAGGUGUUUCUGGAGAAUGGCCAGACCAAAUCUUUCAAGUACGACAGUACCACAACCGUCCAGGACGUGCUGAACUCCCUGUUCGAGAAGCUGUCCAUCCAGUGCCGCGACCACUUCAGCCUGGCCACGGAACACGUCAAGAUCACCCGGAAGAACCGACUCACGGUCCUCGACUCCUCGGCCACGCUCGCCAAAAUCGCUUCCAAGCCCGGGGCGCACCACCUGCGCUGCGUGUUCCGUGUGACGUUCAUGCCGAGGGACGCCUACGACCUCCUACAGAAGGACCCCAUCGCCUUCGAGUACCUCUACGUGCAGUGCUGCAACGACGUGGUGCAGGAGCGCUUCGCUCCGGAGCUCAAGUACGAGCUGGCGCUGCGCUUGGCUGCGCUGCAAAUCCAGCAGCACUUCAUGAGCAGCGGAACCACGCCCAACAAGCUCACAGUCAAGACGGUCGAGAGAGAGUGCGGGCUGGAUCGCUUCGUGCCGGUGUCCCUGCUGGAGACGAUGAAGCGGAAGGAGCUGCGUAAGCUGCUGGGGCAGUACCUGAAGCAGGGGCUGCAGGGGCUGUGCGCCCCCGGACAGAGACACCCCACGCCCCUGCAGGCCAAGCUCCACUACCUCAAGGUGGUCUCCGAGAUGCCCAGCUACGGCAGCAAGUGCUUCUCCACCAACAUGCGGGAUUCGAAUCCGGAGAUUGCAGUGUUGGUGAGCCCCCGGUUUGGAAUCGGACAGAUCGCUUGCCUCAGGAAUACCAGUCCCCUGACGUUGGCGCGCAUCGAGGAACUGUCGGACGUGAAGGUGACGAAGGAAGAUGAGAUAUCGUCUGCAGUCGAGCUCUUCAUGAAGGACCCCGACAAACAGAGCCUCAACUUCAGCAUGGAAGACCAGGACGCCGAGGAGUUCCUGCUCAUGCUCAGGGGCUACUUCCGACUUCUCAACCAGAGGGAGCUGCGAGUCGAGUGGGACGCCAAAUCCACGCAGUGGCACCAGGAAACAGUGCCAUCGUUCUACAGCCGCCACACUGUGAGGGAAUCGCCAUGGAGCUACCCACCCGACCCCAAGGAAGACAGCGGGUAUCGAACCGUGGACCUCGCCGUUCCGACGCCGCCUUAUGUUCCUUCGCUGUGCGAGGGUCGACAGAUGACCAGAAACGCUUCGAGGGAGAAGCUGGCCACCCCCUCCCCCACGUCGGUGGACUUCAACAUGAACGAGACCCCCCCGGCCCCCCUGGAUGGGGGGCUCGGCAGGCGACUCUCCAUCCCGCGCACCAUGAUCGACGAGAGACAUCCGGGCAUCGACUACCAGAGCGUCAUCUCCAUGGAGUUGCUAGAGGACAGCGCCGGGGACGUCGAUGUCGACGUCUACGAGGCCAAGAACGACGAGGUCAUCAGGAGGGUGUCCGAGAUGAACCGGAUCCUGGCCGACGUCGAGAACUACCUCUGCCCCAAGGAGGACGUCCACCCGAGUCUCAAGGCGGCCGACUCGCUGCUGCUGCUGGCCAAGAACGACCGGAACGACCAGGAGCGGAACCGGGCCCCGAACGAGCCGGAGCAGCCUGAACUGCCCAAGGAACAGGAGGACGAGGAGAGCGACACCGACAGCACCACUCCGAACGACAGCCCGCUCCACCGAUCCGUUCCCCUGCGGAAUUCCAUCAACAACGGUCACCAUCCGGUCCUCCGACGCGACUCGAGCUUCGGCCUCCACAGCCCGGACCUGCUGCCGGACAUCAGUUCCGGCAACAACAUCCUCGACAUCCUGAGGCACAUGCAGAGCGAGAACGAGGAGGAGAUCCGGCUGCCGUUCGCCGAGGGCACGCUCUACCUGGACCCGGACAUCAUCGACCUCACCAUGAUCCCGCCCCCCGUGACGCCGGACGUGGAUGCGCGCGCAGUGUCCGGGGACACGCCCCUCGGGGACCCGCCCACGCCCUUCCUGGACAACGGGGCGCUGCACGAGGAGAUCGAGAGGUGGAUCGGCGUGCCCGGGAGCGUCAACAUCACGUGUCACAACGGAGAUCUUCCUGGAUGUGGCCCAGAAACAGACGCUGAUGCCUUCAUCAGGGUCCAGGAAGACGUCGACGUUUCCCAGCGGCCUUCCAUCGACAGCCUGGAGGCCUUCAUCGACAGCCUGACCGUCCCCCCUCCCCCGCUCCAGCAGGACUCGACUGCGCAACCGGAAGACAUCUACUCCCAGUACGUGAUUCCACCGCCGCCCCGGUCCAGCCCCAGCACCGAGGCCCAAGAGGAAGUGAUCGCCCGCUUCAUGGCGGCGGCCGAAGACGUGAAGAGACUCUUCGAGGAGGAGCAGCCCCACGAUUCCCGCUUCAAGGACCUGCGGCAGUUCUGGACAGAGAUCAACCACAGCGCGACGGGUGCCCUGCUCAACCCCCUCGACGCGCUGGAUGCAGACCACUCGGACUUCAGCAGCAGCAGUCGGUUGGAUUCGUCCGGCUCCAGUCAGCUGGAUGCGUUGGGAUUCGACAAGCUGUUGGAAGAGAACUCUGGAAGCAAGCAUUUGGAAGUGUUCGGCUUGCUGGACUCGUCCAACCUCGAUUCAGGCUCCCACAGCGGUGAUUCCUCUUCGGGCUACGACACGCUGACUUCCUCGUUGGCUUCGUACAGCGAUACGCUGUCAGUGGACGGCAUGUCUUCCAGCCCUUCCUUCUCCAACAACAGCAACGAAUCGACCCCGGUGUUCGAACAGGCCCCGUCUUCUAUCAGGGACCUGUGCAUCGUGCCAGUGCCUCCCAGAGUGAGGACGUCGUGCGUGGAAGACAUGACGUCGCCCCUGUCCAUCACGUCUCCUUCGUCGACCACCAGCUCGGACAGUUCCGUCGUCCUGCUGGAUCCGGAACGCCCCAAGUUGGCCGGAUUCAGCUCCGUCGUCUUGAGCCAGGCGUCCGGCAGCUGCGAUGACUUGCUCGAGAGGGAUGGCAGCAAUCACCUGCUGAGUCCGGGCCCGAUGGUCCGGUCGGCGUCUUGGACGAACAUGGUCGACAUGGAGGACGCCAGGGAGUCGAUUCCCAAUCGGAAUGCGCAGAAACCACCAGUGCUUCCUGGUCCAUUCCAGCAGAACCGCCUGAGGAGAUCCUUCAACAGGGGACCUCUCAGGGGCCCCGUCGUCACCAGGAGCGCUUCGCACCUCACCCCCAGGGCCCCCCGAGAGGACAACAACCAGUCUCCUCCGGCCACGAACGGCUUCCAGCAGCGGGGCCCCUUCGAGCAGGCGCAGAGGGACGUCUCGGCCAUGAUCGGCCACCUGCGCAGGGUCCUCGCGCAGCCCGACGACUCGGCCGGGGGGGUGAGCGCCGACGCCGACAAGAGCGCCGCGGCGCGGGAGGCGCUGGCGAACGAGUCGCGCCGCUUCGUCACCUCGUCGAAGCUGUUCGUCAAGAGCGCCAUGGACUCGUCGGACACCAAGAUGGUGGCGAACAUGGCCGUCUGCGUGGCGCUGCUCAACAGGAUGGCGGCCAUCGGGGAGCUGGCGGUUCUGCGCAGCCCCGCGCCUCCGCCGCUCCACCUGGUGGCGUCCCUGAGGCAGGUCUCGGAGGCCUUCCUCCUGACGCUGGGCGCCGCCAGGGGCGCUGUCGGCAGGGGCAUCGACGCCCCGGAGAUGGCGCUGCUGAUGCAGAAGGCCACGAGCCUCGCGACGGCGCUCACGUCGCUCAUGCGCACCCUUCGCGCCAUGGCGACUCAGUGACGUCACCUCCUCCACAUCGAACUUCGUGAAAUGCCUUUCGUGUGUGCACAGGGCCAGUGUCUUCUCUUCUGUCGGCGUGGCCCACAGUGUGGCGCCAAUACCGAUAUCGGCACGUUCUGUGGAACGUUCCGAUGGAACGUCUGUCGGCACGUUCUUCGGAAGAAUCCGGAGACGCGGUCUCGGUGUUCGAGUGACGUCGAGAAGACGUUGUUGGCGGACAUGAACUCCACUCGGCAGGGAGAUGAAUAUUGUGAUAUCACUGUAAGGACACCUUAAGAAGGGGCACUGCCGGCUUCGGGCGAUCAGGUCUUCUGCCGAUUUCACGACAAAUACAACCUUCAUGAAAAAGUCGGUAACAGAUUGCUCAAAACAGUACGAUUGGAGUUCUCCAAUCAAUCACACACCAAUCCACUUGCAUUUUGUAUUCUUUUACUUCCUUGUGUUGUCCCUUUCUUCGCUAUUGUUUUCGAGCAGUAAUGUUCAGACCCACUGAUUGCAAUUGUUGAAAAAAAAAAAAAAAAACGUACGACCAACACACACUAUAAAUGCUUGUACAGUAAAACUUGUAAAGUUAACCCCCUAUCUAAGUUGACCGUUAUUUACAGGCACAGAAUUAGAUCUAUAUCAUAUAACUCAACCUCUAUCAGUUGACCUGUUUAAGUUGGCUACUAAAGCAGUGCACCGCAAGUAGUCAUUUUACACUGGUUUUACUGUUCUAGGGAACACUUUUUUUUUUUUGGCGUUCUUGUGGUGAUUAUUAGUUAAGAAGGAAUAAAAUGAGAGAUACAGAUACUUAAAUUUUUAUCUUCUUAUUAUUUGCGCUCCUGUCAGCCCGACUUCAUAAAGCAAUUAACAAAUAAUCGACUUCCACAUGAAGUAAUUAUUGACGACUCGACAAUUUUUAGCCAGUGAAUGAGCCACUGGCGAAAUGAGGACGUUUUAAUUAAUUUAUGUCUAGCCAAUGGCGUGCGAAGAAAGGCGGAACUUCGGACAAAUACGUGAAGAUCUGGUCGGAUGGGUCGUCGGCAGUGCCCGGUUGAAAUCAUCGAGUAAAAUUCUAUUUUUGGGAACCUGUCAAACCCCUAUUUCCUUCUGGAUGUACAGAAUCGAGAAUUUUAGCAACUGCAUCGGAAUAUUCGGCUCAGCGGACCACUUCCAAGUGUUCCCUGUAUCCCAAUACCGCUUUACUCAGCCUGUAACCUAUGUAAUGAGAAUCGGCCUGUCAAGGCCAAAUAACGAUCCCACACUUGCCCUUUUUUUGGUUGUCAUGGUUAUGACACUAUUAAAUUUUUCCUCACGUUACUUCUACAAAUGUUGUGUGUUGCAGAGGUGGAGAGUGGAAACGUCAUUUGGCCUUGACACGCCUAUUCUAACUACAUGAACUGUGGUAAUUCCCUCAACUCCACAUAUAUCAACGCAUUAGUUCGCUUGGGUGCCCUGUGGAAGAAGAUUCGCCGCGAAAUAAAUGUUCCAAAUGGGCAGAAGUUACCCUGUUUGUUGCUAAGUUAACUAAGGCACUACGAAGUGAAAUGAACCAGGCUCAGGCGAGCGAGAUUAGUGCCUCUCGAUUUCCUUGUUGCCCCCCCCCCCCUCCUUUAAUGAAUUGUGUCAAUCUUUGAUGGAAUGUACUCAUUCCAUAAAGCUGUGAAUUGAUAAAAUCUUCCACUGUCUUUCGAAUUUUCACUUUGAUCUUGAUAAGGAUGUCAUCUAUGUCUGACAGCUAAACUUUAGCCACCUAGCUGGAGGUGGACUGCUAACUUCCAAAAUAAUCUUCGGGAGGCUUUUGAUAAGUAAGGUUUUUGGAUAUUGGUAGUGUUUUGGCUGAAAGGGGUUUAGGGGCGGGGGGUAGUUACAAAGAAAAAUUCUGGUGCCGUCAUGUUCAUAAAACAAAUAGGGCAUGAUAGCAGUAUUAGAUUAUUUUUCCUGUGCGAUUGAGGGUUGAAAAAUUAUGACGCAAAAUUACUGGAGUAAAUGAUUUGACGUCCUAAAUUUGGGAGCAUCCCAAAUACGCCAAACCAGCCAAACAUGACCGCCAAUUGAAAUGCAAGAUUUUACAUGACAGAAAAACCUGGUCCUCCAAAAUGAGUCCUGAAAAUUUGUUUUAAAGUUUAGAGAAAUAACUCCUUCUUAACAGAGAAAAACCCGUUUUUUAUUUUUCCUCGGUCCCCACUUAAAUCAGCUGUGUUUUCGUCUGAUGAUUUUAGAACAACUUGGGAAAAAUUUUGCCACCUGAUUCACUCUGUUUAUUAACGCUCAAAUAUAUAUAUAUAUAUAUAUAUAUAUACAUAUAUAAGUAAUAUUUACAAAUUUCGGAACGUAGGGGGUCCACAAGAAAGAGCAGAUCGGCAAGGGGUCCACAGAAUAAAAAAAAAAGUUCUGAACCUCCGAGUUAAAAGCUAGUUUAAAACAAAACAAUGCCUUAGCUUAGAGCGGGACUAUGAGGAAUGAAAUGAUGGCAAAUUCCCUAGGAAUUGAGAAAAUGUCCACUGAAAAAAUAAAAGAAUAUUUCGUUCUGUUCUUUCCUGAAGUUAUCAAAACGAAAAAGUGUCCUUCCAAAGCGAAACCUCUUUUUUUAUAUAUCCUUACGUUUUCAGUCUGAGUUUUACUCUUGUCAGUGAAAGUUGUCCUGUUUUAGAUGGAAUAAUGUGACAAACGAUAGAGUCUCUCGCUUUCAGUGUAGAUUUCCCCCUUAAAAAAAAAAAAAAAAUCUACCAUGUUAACAGGAAAUGGGUAGCAGUACUUUGUCGCUUUGAAGGGCAGUGGUCGCGCCCCGAAACCACCAACGAAAAUGUUCCAUUAUGGGAGAAUCUGUGUUAAUGUAUUAUGCAUUGCUGUGCUCACCUCCCCUUUUGCGCACGGAUUUGCUUACACCUAAUUAAAGUCCUGAGCAGGUGUGUUGUUCAAACUUCAUUCGAAAAUUUAUUCCGAAUCGUUCCUUGAACUGUACUCCUCAUUUGAGAACAUAAGACUGGCACAAGCUUUACUGUGCGUAUAUUGUAGUCUGAGAUCCCACUUGUAGGUUGACCUACCCUCAUCAAGUAAUGCUGUAAAAAUCAACAGAAGUUGAAUAAGUAAUAUGUAGAUAAAAAACCAUGUGGGGGGGGGGGGCAAGGGUUGUCUGAGCAAAAGUGCCCGAAUCACUGGGUUAUCGCAAUUUUGUUUCAACAAUAGGGAAGUUGCAACCUAUUAAAUGUGCAUAUUUUGGAUAUUGUUAAUUGACCCUCAAAACUAAAUAAUUCAUCAUCGCCGAAUUUUAAAACACCGUGGUUGAUUUUCAAUGAAUUUUUAAAAAUCCACGCGCAAAAGUGCGCUCUUCUGAAACGUCACGAGCUUACGUCACAGGGCGCGAAUGGGCAGCCUUCCGCCGAAGGUCCCUCGUCUUCGCUAGGGACAUUUUGAGCGCGCUGACAUUUUUAUUUUUUAGAAAUUCAGUAAUCCUUUUGAACACACUAUGGAGGCCGGACUCGUUAAAGCACAAUCUAAAUAAUGUUCCUCAAGUAACAUCAAUGAUGAUAUUCGAAUAUUUCCGAGAGGAUGAGAGGUUUAAUGUUCCAGAAACGCGAGGAGAUAAGCCUUUUACGUUUGGUCUUCGAAGUCGAAUGCACGUCCUUCGGCCCCGUCGGAAGAGCGCAUGACGUCACUUUCUAUACCAUUUGACGUCACAAGCGUUUGAACUUGAAAAUUUAAUUAAAAAAAAAACUACUUAUCGUAUCGCAAAAUUUUUUUCACCUAUGAUGUUCAUGCAUGUUACUCUAUCAUAUGAAAAAAAUUGAAAAAUCGAAAACUUCCCUGUUGCAGUCAUUCUGCAGAUUUUCUCAGUUUCUUCUGAUUCUACAGCUAUCUCCAAAUUGUGCAAGAAUCUGCUAAUUUUCUACAGGUUUAUUCCAAAUUAGAAGUAGAUCUAAACUUCCCGCCAAUGACGCUGAUUCGGCUCAAAACUCGACAUUUUCGCGGGGAAAAGAUCACGUGAUGCCUUUGCAAAGUUCUGUAACAAACACUUUGAUAUUUUUCAGAAUUUCCUCUUUAAUUUGAAGAUUUUUGCAAUCUGCAGAGAGGCUCAAGUAUUGGAAGUUUUUAAUCACUACCGCCCUAUAAUUUGCACACUUUUGCUUAUACAACCCUUUACCAUUUUGUUUGUAAUAUUUUUACUUGCAUUAGGGAACUCGGUGAGGGUCGGUCAACCUAAGUCGAAUCCGAGACCAUAAUACAGUAAGCGAUGCGGUAAAAAAAGAAUUAAAAAAAAAAUUAAAAGUUAUAUACAUUUAUGCAUAUCAUAUAGAACUCUAAAAAGGUAAUUAUGAAUGAUUGAAAUUUAGAUAGUAUGUCUUUAUCAUUAUUAUAGAAUGAAUUUACAUAUCUCUCCAGAAGUUUAUGUAUAUAAAAUUGUUAUCUGUUCGGAUUAUUUCGAGUCUACGUCAAGCGUUAUAUUUGUUUCAAAUGACCAAAGAAAAGAGAGUACAAAAAUAGAAAAAAAAACACGAAAUUAAAAUAAAAAAAAUGAACGAACAUAAUGUGAUAUGAAUAGAUUUAAUUGUUUGGAAAUAUAUUUAUGAUUAUGUUUUUGAAAUGUUAUAUAAGUAAUAUGGAAGAGAUGUUUUUAUGUUAAUUGUGUAUUACAGAUGUUAUCUAGUUAAAAUUUUUGAAGUUUUGGGAGCAAUAUAUAUAUAUAUAUAUAUAUAUAUAUA